AUGACUAAUUCUUUCCUACCCAUCAUCGAAGCGGUUGAUAACUUCCCUUAUGACCUUUCUGCCUCCACAUACAUACCGUUCCACCUUACCCUCUCUGAUUAUCGAAACAAAUUACCUCCUAUUGGAUUACUUCAACAGGAUGUAGUUGCAGAGAUGAGACUGGUAGCAGAGGGAAUAUGGCAAUUUGAGUACAGCUCUUCGGAAGAACGCAAAGUGAUUUGUGUCUUCUUCGCUGACGAUUUGGUCAAGAAGGGAAGAGAAGAGAUAAGUAGGGUCAUGACGGAGGCGAUUGAGAAUUGGAAAGAUGAAGGGAAGUUUCCUGAACUCUUAUCAGGUCGGUGCAAAGAAGAUUAUGAUGUAUACGCAUCAUCAAAGUCUUCUGGCCUACAAGCAGCUUCAAGCUGGGAAAUAGCUACAGGUAAGAAUGUCGCUUUUCACUUGGUAGAUGCAGCAUGUGCGUUACUCGGGGUAGCUACAUUCGGUACCCAUAUGACUGCUUAUGAAGGGGAAGGGAAAGACAUGAAAGUUUGGGUACCUACCAGAAGUCAAAAUAAAGCUACCUGGCCAGGAAGAUUGGAUAACUCCGUGGCGGGCAGUAUGGGAGUUGGUGAAACACCGUUGGAAACGAUGAUUAGGGAAUGUGAGGAAGAAGCUAGUCUGCCUGCCCAUUUCGUAAAGAAGUAUCUCAAGAAUGCCGGAGUUACCACCCACUUCUACAUCGCAGAUGACGGGUAUCUUCAGCCUGAGGUAUCAUAUGUAUAUGAUCUACCAUUACCCCCAUCAUCUUCUUCGGAAUAUAUCAAGUUGAAACCGAAUGACGACGAGGUCCAGUCAUUUGCACUUAUGAGUAUACCAGAGCUCAUCGAGACUCUGCAUACUGGAAGAUUCAAGCCGAACUGUGCGUUGAUUUUGGUUGACUUCCUAAUAAGACAUGGAUUUAUCACUCCCGAAAAUGAACCGAAUUUCCUACAGAUUAGCUGGAGGUUGAGAAGGGUUCUGCCGGUGGCUUUGCCUGGUACUUAG